UUCGGAAAUAGGCGGGGGUUAUUGUCGUUGAACUCAACUCCUUCUUCGCGUUCAUCGUUUUUUCUUUUCUUUUUUUUUUUUUGGCAAAAAGCCUUGAAAUUCAGAAAGGAGUAGCGAAGAUGAUGCACAUGACAUUCUAUUGGAGCAGGAAGGUCACUCUUCUUAUCGAUUCUUGGAAGACCGAUUCAUGGAUCGAUUACGUUCUCAGUUUGGUUGCGUGUCUUGUCGUUUCCGUUUUCUAUCAGUAUCUCGAGAAUCGCCGGAUUCGCCUCAAGGUGUUCGCCGCCGGGAAGUCCUUUCCGCCGGAGAUACAGACACCUCUUCUGAGACGGAGGAUCGCCGGAGAUAGGGCUAAGUUGGGUGUGAAGCUUGCCGGAGCGGUUCUGUUUGGUGUUAGCUCGGCGAUCGGGUAUUUGUUGAUGUUGGCGGUUAUGUCCUUCAACGGAGGUGUCUUUGUGGCCAUCGUGGUGGGUCUUGCCAUUGGUCACUUCUUCUUCAGGAGCGACGGCGAAGAUGCUUAUGAUGCCAUCGUCGUUGACAAUUCUUGUGCCUGUGCUUGAUCGCUUUGAGAUCACAAAGAUCCAUUCUCCCUCCAAUUCCCUCCCUGUUAUAAUUACUUAUUAAUUUCUUUGUUUGUAUUAUUACUUUCCUGUUUUUUAAUUUAGUAACUCUUGUUUACGGAAAUUUGGGAUCUGGUGUUUUGGGGCUGGAAUUCGGGUUGUAUAAUUCUGAUCAAUGUGUAAUGGGAGCUCUCGAUUAUAAAAUCGAAUUUAUUUUGUGGUAGUUUUAAUCGGAGUUAUAUUUAUCUCAGACGUG